GUGGGCGGUGAGGAUGCGGGGAAAAAUCAGUUUCCCCACCAGGUGUCCCUGAGGAACGGUGGCUCCCACACCUGUGGAGGUUCGAUUCUGUCCAGGAACUACAUCUUAACCGCCUCCCAUUGUGUGUCCAACGAGGACGCGAAUCAUGUGAUUACGCCGAUUGCGGCCGAGCGUUUCACCAUUCGAGCGGGCUCCAACGACCGAUUCAGCGGUGGAGUAAUUAUCCAAGUGGCCGAGGUGAUUGUCCACGAGGAGUACGGCAAGUUACUAAACGACGUGGCCCUGCUGCGACUAGAGACGCCACUGAUCCUGUCCGCGAGCACUCAGCCCAUUGCUCUGCCCACCGAGGAUACGCCAGCGGAUGUGGACGUCAUCAUUUCCGGCUGGGGAAGGAUCAAGCACCAGGGAGAUCUGCCGCGUUAUCUCCAGUACAACACCCUGAAGUCCAUUUCCUUGGAUAGGUGCAACCAGCUGAUCGGCUGGGGAAUCCAGAGCGAGUUGUGUCUCAUCCACGAGGCCAACAAUGGGGCCUGCAAUGGGGACUCUGGUGGUCCGGCCGUGUAUAACAACGAACUGGUGGGCGUGGCCGGGUUCGUGUGGUCUGCCUGUGGAACCAGCUAUCCAGAUGGAUAUGCCAGGGUGUACUACCACAACGCAUGGAUCAGGAAUAACUCGGAUGUGAAAUAGUGCUGUCAUUGCUGAACUGCGGGAACUUCAUUUAGAUAACUGCUGGACAAUAAUUACAAUUUAAGAU